AUGUACUGGGGAGCUGGUUUCGCUUCAUCCAGGUCGUUCGUGGUCGAUCUUGGCCGGAAUCAGAGCCUGGCCGUAGGGCUAUGUGGCUCUGAUGAGCACCACUCAUUUUAUGGGUACAUCGUAGCUUUUCCUUUACAGGACUACGGGGGGAUCAUGUCGGGUUUCGCGUCGGAUUCCUGGUGGAGGAAAACACUUUAUCUCACUGGGGGUGCCCUUCUAGCUGCAGCUGCCUAUCUCUUGCACGAGCUACUCUCGAUCAGAAAGGAGCAGCAGAUGGACUCAAAGGAUGCUAUCAUCCUCCACCAGUUCUCCAGGCCAAAAAACGGAGUGCCCAGUCUUUCACCCUUCUGCCUGAAGAUGGAGACAUACCUACGUAUGGUGGAUUUACCCUAUCAGAACUACUUUGAUGGAAGUUUCUCUCACCGCGGUACGAUGCCCUGGAUCGAGUAUAACCACGAACAGGUGUCAGGGAUGGAGUUCAUCAUUGACUUUUUGGAGGAGAAGCUGGGCGUGACCCUAAACAAAAACUUGACCCGUGAGGAGAAAGCACUGGCCCAUGCCAUCACAACCAUGGUGGAGGAACAUCUUUACUGGACCAUAGCCUACUGUCAGUGGAUAGAUAACAUAGAGGAGACUCAGUGCAUGCUGGACAUGAGCGGGCCCCUCAGUGACCUCCUGAAGUGGCUUUUCAGUCACCUGACCAGCGGUAUCGUCCGGCGGGAAAUGUACAGUCAGGGGAUUGGACGAUUCUCUAGGGAGGAGGUCUACGCCCUGAUGGAGAAGGACAUGCGUGCACUAGCCACUCUACUGGGGGAUAAGAAAUACAUUAUGGGCCCCAAGCUGUCCAGCGUGGACGCCACCGUCUUCAGUCACCUGGCGCAGGCCAUGUGGACGCUGCCUGGCACUCGACCUGAGCAGCUUAUUAAAGGGGAGCUCAUCAACUUGGCCAUGUACUGCGAGCGGAUCCGGAGGAAAUUCUGGCCCGAGUGGUUUGUCGACUUGGACGACUUUGCUUUCGAAGAUCAGAGUGACAGCAGCUGUGAUUCGCCAGCGCCUGUCCUGGAUUUCGGCUUGUUCUCUCGUACGGAUACCCUGGAGGAGAGCGAGGCCAGUAGCCCCUCCAACUCGACGAAGCAUUCGCCGCUCACAGACCACUCCAUGCAUUCGCUUUUUGAUUCCGACAUCGAAGUGGAUGGUUCUGAUGUUGAGCAAAAGGACAAAGGUCAACCCGCCUGA